AUGAAAUAGAAAUUACCACAGAAGCUGCGCGACAUUCUGUAAAAACCUCACCGAACAAACUAGUCUCUCAAUUCAACGCACCACUAAGUUCAGCAAAUCAGCUGAUCUAACUUUGCUUUUUUAUACCACCCACACGACUACGGAUCAACGCAAGAUCGUAAAGGACACUGCCGUCCUCUUUUAUAUUUCUGUAGUUUGAAUAAGUUAGAAAAAGAGGUCGCGAUGAUGAUGGUGUUUCAGCAGGGAAGCGAUCAGUUUCGCGCUUCGCCAAGUCCUCCACAAACAUCACUGGACGAUCCAACCGACACUGCAUCUGAGAGCAAAAAGAAAAGUGACAUGCAACACGUCAAGCGACCUAUGAAUGCAUUUAUGGUUUGGAGUCAAAUCGAACGCCGCAAGAUGGCUGAGGAGCAUCCUGAUAUGCAUAACGCAGAAAUCAGCAAGCGUCUUGGAAAACGCUGGAAACUGCUAUCAGAAACUGAAAAAAGGCCAUUUAUUGAGGAAUCGGAAAGACUGCGUAUUCGUCAUAUGCAGGCCUAUCCUGAUUAUAAGUACCGUCCACGCAAGAAGAAGCAGCCCGCAAAAGCAAAACCAGGAUCAACCGAGGGUAAACCCGCAAAUGAUCCUGUCAUUCCACGUAAGAGUAUCCAUGGCACUAUUGGAACGAAACGAGAGGCUUUACCAGACACGACGUAUCAUACGCUAUCAACUAAUAAGAAGUAUAAUUCCACUGGGGAGUUUAAAAAACAGCGCCGUGAUUUAGUAUCACCCAUCACACCGCCUCCAAACGUUCCUGAUUCCAUCGGCGUCACACCAGAUGAUCCAAUUGAUCAGCUCUCGUUAUAUGAAGACUUUGAACAAGCGUUCAAGACUGAACAACAUCAAUCACAACUAGCAACRAACAUGGGCAACCAACAAAUUCACAAUCAACACAUACCGAGCGCUUGGCCUAACUUGGAACUCUCUAACUUAAACCUUAAUAAUCUUCCUACUUCACCACUAUUUGACAUGGCGGGAGCGAAUGGGGGACAGUUUGACUUUCCUGAUCUCUACACACCACCUGAAGUAUCAGAACUUAUACAAGGRCAGUGGAUUGAAAAUAGCCUAGGUCAACUGUAAGGGCUUUUUGUAGCUGCUUUCAAAUCGAACUAACUGAGACUUGUGCCCCUGAGCGGUACUUUCCUGUUGGCGGGAAGCUAACGUAACAGAGUUUGUAUUUUUUUUUGUGACUCAGAAUUACGCACAAGUGAAAACCUUUUAUACAAAUGACAUCAUUGCUUUUCUAAUCGGCUCUUAUCCAAAAUGUGAAUAUUUUUGUCUUCGUAUAUAGAAGAAUGUUUUGUAUUUAGUGCAUUCUCGUUUUAGAGAGAUUUUCUAUCUGUUGUUGUAAGAGAUGUUUGAAAUAUCCGAGAGCCAAAGACGUAUUGUAUUUUUACGAAAAUUUUGCUGUCCUGGUGUAUAUUCCAAAACGACAGCCUAUUGUAAAUUACCACGAAAAAAAACGAAUUAAUAUACCAUUACUAGAAAACUA